AUGAAAUUGGCUAAGUCCAAUACCCAUUUGUAUAUAUAAAUAGAUCCAUCCCAAAAACCAAAACCCUAGAGGCAGUGUUACACAUUCAUUUCCCUCGCCGCAUUUUCUUCUCUGCGAAUCUCACACCAAACCUUCAACAAUGGUGGCCGCAAAGAAGACCAAGAAGACUCAUGAGAGCAUCAACAACAGGCUCGCUCUUGUCAUGAAGAGUGGAAAAUAUACCCUUGGGUAUAAAACUGUUCUCAAAUCCCUUAGGAGUUCUAAAGGGAAAUUGAUUAUCAUUGCUAACAACUGUCCUCCUUUGAGGAAGUCUGAAAUUGAGUACUAUGCUAUGUUAGCAAAGGUUGGAGUUCACCAUUACAAUGGAAACAAUGUUGACUUGGGCACUGCUUGCGGAAAGUAUUACAGAGUGUGCUGCCUCAGCAUUGUUGAUCCUGGUGAUUCCGACAUCAUUAAGACAAUUCCUGGAGAUCAGUAAACGAAGUAAAGAUUUUUCCAUGAUGUUUUCAAUUCUAUGUUGUUUAGACGUUGUCGAAAGAAAUUCUAGUUGUAGACUAUGGUGUACGAUGCUUGUUAUUUUGGAUAUCCCAGCUGAUUGAGCAUUGAGUAAUUUUGACUUCAAUUUUUGUUUCAUUGUGCUCAUUUCUAUAUAGAUUAUAUUUCUAGUUUGAUCUAUAAUGUCUAUUAUCUGUGUUGACAUUGAAUUUGUAUUGGAACCCCGAAAGUAUCAAUCUAGUUCAUUGGAGGAA